GUAUAAAUGUGAAGCAUUCACUUCGCCUUUCUACUCACUAGGGAAGUGCAAAAAAAAAAAAAAUUGUAGUGGGAGGAAUUCCAGUGGCCGGCAGUGGGAGAAGAUUGAACGAGAUGCAACUUUUCUUAUUGAUGAAACAUUUGAUCUCAGUACAGUUUUAUGUUCCCAAAACUAAAAUAUGUUAUGAACAGAGUGGACUGAGUUUUGUAGACUAAGAUUUGGCAAGUUUUUUUUGUCGCGUUGAUUAGGAGCCAAAGGCGAAUUGAGUUUUUGCACACGUGCACUUCCCUAACGGAAAUAUGCAAAAAUGAAAAACAGGCACAUCUCCACAGUAAAUUAGUUUUCUUUCGCCCAAAGUUGCCAACAUACCACGUGCGUCCGUCAUUCAGUGCAUCAGUAACAACUAUCCAUUACGCAACUUAUAUUCGAUAAAAUAAACCUCACGUAGCAAAUUAGCAAUUAUAUUUUUUGUUGACCAAAUUCGACACUCAUUGACCUUACAAAAACUCCUCACUUUGUGGUCUUCUUUUCGUGGACCGAAUUUGGGCAAAGUAAACCCUCUCGGGUCGACUCAUCCUCUCUGCUUUGUGCCUGUGGAACGUUCUUGUUUGUCCAUGUGGGAAAUAUGAAGUGCUGCUUGUAGUGAACUUUUACAGACAAUUCAGUAAAAUACAGUAGUUACAGCCAUUAUUAUUCUCAGAAUGGCAAGUGAGCAGGAGGUGGCAGCAGUGGGAAUAAUUCUGGUCAACCCAAAGCAGGACCUGACAACACGGUUCAGAGCACUCUUCACUCUGCGUAACCUGGGUGGACCAGAGGCAAUAGAAUGGAUCAGUCAGACUUUUGUGGAUGACUCUGCUCUGUUGAAACAUGAGUUGGCAUAUUGCCUGGGUCAAAUGCAGGAUGAGAGAGCCAUCCCCACGCUAGAGACUGUUCUGAAAGACACAACACAGGAGCCUAUGGUCCGGCAUGAAGCAGGGGAAGCAUUAGGAGCUAUUGGGAACCUCAAGGUCCUUGACAUACUGAAAGAGUACUCUGAGGACCCAGUCAUCGAGGUGGCAGAGACGUGCCAGUUGGCUGUCAGGCGGCUGGAGUGGCUGACAUCUGGUGGGGACCAGAACGGAGAGGAGGGCACCGACGGAAACCCUUACUGUUCUGUGGACCCUGCUCCCCCAGCCCAGAGGAAGACUGUCCCUGAGCUGAGGACACAACUCCUGGAUGAGAGCCUGCCACUGUUUGAGCGCUACAGGGCCAUGUUCGCCCUCCGCAACCUGGGCACCGAGGAGGCUGUCCUGGCUCUAGGAGAUGGUCUUCAGUGUAGCAGUGCCUUGUUCCGCCAUGAGAUUGGCUACGUCCUGGGUCAGAUCCAGCACCCAGCCAGCAUCCCCCAGCUGCAGGCAGCUCUGGAGCUGGACGGGGAGAAUGCCAUGGUGAGGCAUGAGUGUGCAGAGGCCCUGGGAUCCAUUGGCAAGGAGGAGUGUAUGAAGAUCCUGGAGUGCUACAGGAAAGACACAGAGCGCGUGGUGAAGGAGAGCUGUGAGGUAGCCCUGGACAUGCUGGAGUAUGAGAACGGCACACAGUUCCAGUACGCUGAUGGACUACUACGACUGCAGGGGGAACAGUGAGGGCCAAACGGCAAGCAUGGCCAUUGGAAGCUAUAGGAGAACUGCUAUACAGCACUUUAAGAGCUUUCCGCAGAUGUCAUAACUCAUAAUCACUUAGACCCAUUUUCAUUCAUUGAAACGAUCUUGACUCUUGCCAGUGAUUGUUGGCCUCUGAGACAAGGCAGUGUAAUAAUGAUAUUAGAGGGCAUUCAGCCAUGUUUUAGUUUGUUUAUUCUUUGUUUUCAUGGAAGCUACAUGAAUAAAUUGUCAAGAUAAUGUAAUGCUUUUCCCCCUAAGCUCAGUGAACCAUUCACAUUCAUCUUUAAUUCAGAAUGAUCUGAUAAGCAUCUAAAAUCCAAACCUGAUUGGUCAAUCAAGAUUGUUAAUCCACUUUUCUGCUCUUGUCAUUCGCAUUUAUUUUUAAUCUCAAAUGAAAAUAAAGGCUUAGGUAAUAACAUUGAGACAAUA